AUGGGAGACUACGUUCCAGGGUUUGAGCAACGUGAAAGUGAUGCUCGCAGCUUUGGUCAUUCUCGUCUUCCAACCCUUGGAGCUAUUCCUGUUAAAACUAAAGAUGGAAAAGUGGUAAUGAAAAAAGUGAAAGUUUCACGUUAUGUGGCAGGAAAAGUACCAGAAUUCGCUAAAGGCGUGGAUUCAGAAUCUGAAUUGGAUGAUUCCGAUCAGGAGCAGGACCAAAAGAGAAGAGAUCGUCGUCGAAGCUCCAGUGAAGACGAAAAAGAAUAUCGUUCAACUAGAAGACGAGACGAUCGUGGACAUGCAAGUUCAAGUCGACAUGUCGAAGAGCCGGAAAUCAUCGGCAAACAAGAGGAAUCUGAUGAAGAUGCUGAGAAGAUUGAGGAACGUCGUCAGCGAGCACGGCUCCGUCGUAUGGAGCUCAACGAAGAGAAUAAAAAUGAAGAAGAAGAUGAAUCCGAAGAAAGUGAUGAGGAGGAUUUCGAAAGAAGACGUCGGAUGCUCCGCGAGAAAGCGUUGAAACGCGAACGUCAGGAAGAAAUCAAAAAGGAGAUCAAAGAGGAGCUCGAGGAGCCCGAAGAAGAAGCUGACGAUGAGGAAGAGGAAGACACUUCAGAAGAGGAAUCAGAUGAGGACGAUGAUCCAGUACCAAGGCUGAAACCAGUGUUCACUAGAAAAAAGGAUAGGAUCACUUUGCAAGAAGCUGAAAAAGAGAGGGAACGGGAAAUGCAGAGGAAGUUUGAGGAAGAGAAACGACGGGAGGAAAGGAAGCGGGAAAGUGCCAAACUUGUGGAACAAGUUUUGCGGGAGGAAGAAGAAGCCGCGAAACGAAAAGAAGAAGACACUCUCGAUUUGGAUUCCGUUAAAACUGACGAUGAAAGUGAAAGUAUUGCAUAUGAAGCCUGGAAAUUACGAGAAAUGAAACGGCUAAAGAGAGACAGAGAUGAACGCGAGCAGAUGGCCAAAGAGAAGGCGGAACUCGAGAAAAUCCAUGCGAUGUCCGAAGAAGAGCGCAUCAAAUAUCUCAAGGCAAAUCCGAAAAUUAUUACAAACAAGCAAGAAAAAGGAAAAUACAAGUUUUUACAAAAGUACUUCCAUCGAGGAGCAUUCUUCCUCGACGAGGAAGAUGAAGUGCUUAAAAGGAAUUUCGCCGAGGCAACCAAUGAUGAUGUGUUUGAUAAGACGGUUUUGCCUAAAGUGAUGCAGGUGAAAAACUUUGGAAAAGCGUCAAGAACCAAAUACACGCAUUUGACUGCUGAGGAUACCACCGAACAUCAAGGAGUAUGGGCAUCGCAGAAUUUGCUUAACACACAAUUUUUCACUAAAAGAGCCGCUGGCGCGCGACCCGUCUUCGAAAGACCUGCAUUGAAAAAACGCAAGGAUUCUUAA